AUGUUCUUUGUUAACAGUGUGCUAUUACUGUGUGUGUCGACAUCUCUGGGCGUGAACAUCGAGCGCGGCGGCUGGCUGGAUCGUUUGGUUCACUACCACAAGAACCGGCUCUUCAAUGAGCUGAAGGAAUUGCCGCCUAUCAAGAUCAAGGCCUCUAUCGUCCAAGCGCCGUUGGGCUAUAGGGACGCGGAGGGCUGGGAUGUGGAGCAGGUUCUGCGGCUGCUGUCGCUGCUGCAGCGCGGCGUGGCGCGCCCCGUGCUGCGUUACCUGCGCAGGUCUAUGCCACGCAGACGGUUCAUGAAGUUUGCCGACACGUUCCUAGCAUUCCCCAGUUUGGCGCUGGAUCACCCGAAUGAUUUCUACUACGACGUGGCGUCUAACGAGUUUAACGGCGAGGAGGACCAGUGGGGUCCCAGGGAGAUCACGGACGAGUCCAUCAUCGUGGUUUCCAACCCAACGGAGGCGCGCCUGCCCUCCGCACAGAUCAGCGUCAAGUUGCUCAAAGAGAUUUUGGAGGCUAGAGCAAUAGCUGCGAGGUAUAUACCGACACCUAAGAAAGUCAUUAUGUGGAAGCCGAUGUCAACUAAAAGCACAGUAGCUGAUGCAGGCACCGCGGCGCCUGACGCUGGCGGAGGAACAGGCGGCGGGCAAGGAACAACACUCCCAGCCACUCUAACAUCAUAAAUUGUUUAUUUACUUAAACAACACUGGGGUAAAAUUACACCAGGGUA